CAAUAUAAAUCGGACUCAACACCAAAAAGCAAACAUACUCAUUCAAAAACCGCACCAGAAGUUUUCGUUCUUGUUAGUAACAAAUAAUAGAAUCUAUACUGUAGACAGACGUUCUACAUUAACUUUUGCAACUUUGGACUCGACAGCUUUUGAUUUCGAACAUGGUGGAUGAUUGCAGGGGAAACCUUAGUUGUGUGCAUUUGGCUUUGGCGCUCUUAGCCAAGCUGUUUGUGGCGAUCGUGCCGACGGCGCAGGUCGCCCCUGCGCAGUUACCGUGGACGAGAGUAGGGUUGGCUUCCACAGAUUACGUCAGGAAGCACGACGUGGCCAACGGCAACAUACGUACGGACAUUCACGACGUAUGUGUGCUUCGGCUGAAAGACCGUAUUGCGCUGCUUUGGGGGAAUUACCUGGUAAGAUACAGAUAGACGAACUGGACUGACUUAUGUUUUAAAAUUAAAUGUUGUCUGUUUGUGAUCAAUUUUGAGGGACAUCAGAGAAGCCAGUCUUGGGUUUUAGGCAAGAUGAUACAGGACCACGUAAAACACGCUUUUGAUAUAUAUAGCAAGUUUGGGUGGUCUCCGUCCUUUUGGGAAUAGAGUCCAGGGGACUUUUUCUAAAUUUCCAUUUGGCGAGGGAGUGCAAUGCAAUAAAUACGUGCACGGUAUUUUCAGCACGAAUUAUGUGUGUUUAUGUUUUCUGGGAAAUCGACUGCAUUUUUUGUGAAGCAAGUUUCGUAAUAAUUAUUGCAUGAGUAAUUUCGGAUAUUUUUAGGGAUUCGGCAUUGUUGAUAGCUAUUUAAGCCACUUGUUGGUCGACAUGUAACACUCCUAAGAAAGUUAUUGUAAAACGUCACUGUAGGAGAGCAGCCACGAGGAAAACACUGUAUUUGUUGCUGUUCUCGCUAUUCAGAAAAGAAUUGUUUCAAAGACUAGUCUGUUUACUUGUGCCACUUUUAACCAGAUAAAAGUGAUUUCGAGCGUGAUGGGUAAUUGUAGUGGCUACAGCAAGGCUACGUCGUCCAGCCUUGGGUGUCUGUUGCGCCUAGCCCUGCUCGGUGCCCUGUUCGUGGCCCACACCACCGGGCAGCCAACUUCGGUUUCCCUGCAAGUCAGUGAAGACGUCCCAGCAAGGAGCGACGGCCUUGGUGAUAUCUACUCGGACUAUGUGUUGGAGCUGAAAGGUCUGAUAAAUCCUUUCAUGGAGAACUUCAAGAAUUUUAGUUUGGAAAGUAACGGCAGUGGACAAGUUCUUUCGAACUCAGUGCUUAGGCCAUUCAACCUGAGCACGGACAAAAUGUGGACUUUGAUGUGUGAAAUCGAAGGGUACAUACCGUGGUUGCAGUGCGCCGGGGACCAGUUGCCCGAACUGUCAGAUGAUGCCGACAGGCUUGCUGGACUCAUCAGAACAACGGUGACUCUUCUACGCCGCGAGCUAACACCCAGUCAAAUGUGUGGAGAUCGAGCACGCGCCUUUUCGACCCCUCAACCCGACAUCCGGGACACAACGCCUGCCCCCCAAUCAGAGGUGGGCACUCGAAAUGUGCGCUACUGCCGACUGUGCGGUCAGCGGCUUAGGUUCACAAGAGUAAAGCGGCGCAAGCUGCCUUCUGUAUUAGACAAGAUGUCGCGUACCGUGGCCAAUCUGGAUUCUGAACUAAAGAAGCAGCAGGACGCCCUCUAUUGACAGACAUAAACAGUAACAUUUUGCAUAAAAUUGAUUGAUGUGAGUUUUUGUGGGAGUAAAAAAUGUUUUAUAUAAUAUACAUUAAUAGACAGGCAACGCAAGGCUCUAUUCGUAAGGUUGAUCAGGCACCGUGCCUUGGGCCUACAACAAUCCGGGAGCCUACGAAAAAUACAAGGGCCUCUAAGGAUGCCACAUUGCGCUUCCGUCUUUGAAUUUCUUCGAUUUGUGGAAAAGCUAAAACGAGCUAGUUCAUAGUUUAUUGCAUUACAUCACACAGCAUCAACACGAAAUGCGAGGCUCCAACCCUAACUAGCGCUUUGAAAUUGGUAGUUGUAUCUGUGAUUAGUACGGCCGUUUCACAAUAGUGCGCCACCAUUUUAGCAGUAGAACUAGAAGAUGAACAUGUAUUCGUUUUUGCA